CUUUGUGUGGGCGGACGGCUUUCGAUGCUAAGUGGUGUAGAACUGUUGUGCAGAAGCUCGCGGAGGAUAAUGCUGACUCGGCUGAAAGCAAAAUCGGAAGGCAAGCUUGCAAAGCAGAUUUGCAGAGUUGUGUUGGAGCACUUUGACAAGGAGUAUUCCAGAGAACUUGGAGGUUCCUGGAGCACAGUAAGGGAUGUACUAACAUCUCCAUCAUUGUGGCAGUAUGCUGUCCUCCUCAACCGAUUCAAUUACCCUUAUGAACUGGAAAAGGAUUUACAUUUGAAGGGCUAUCAGAGACUUUUUCAAGGGUCUUUACCCUACUAUCCUAAAUCAAUGAAAUGUUACCUCAGCAGAACUCCAGACCGAAUGCCUUCAGAAAGACAUCAAACUGGAAAUCUGAAAAAAUACUAUCUUCUGAACGCUGCUUCUCUUCUUCCAGUACUGGCUCUAGAAUUAAGGGAUGGAGAGAAGGUUUUGGAUCUGUGUGCUGCUCCUGGAGGCAAAUCAGUGGCACUGUUGCAGUGUGCAUGGCCAGGUUAUCUUUAUUGUAAUGAAUACGAUAGUCUGAGAUUGCGAUGGCUGAAGCAGACGUUAGAAUCGUUCAUCCCACAACCUUUGAGAAAUGUAAUUAAAGUAUCUGAAUUGGAUGGCAGAGAAAUAGGAGAUGCCCAGCCUGAAACGUUUGACAAGGUGUUAGUUGAUGCUCCGUGUUCCAAUGAUCGAAGUUGGUUGUUCUCUUCCGAUUCUCAGAUGGCAGCCUGGAGAAUACAUCACAGGAGAAGCUUACCUGUUCUACAGUUAGAGCUCUUAAGGUCUGCAAUCAAAGCCCUGCGUCCUGGAGGGUUACUCGUGUACUCUACCUGCACGCUUUCCAAGGCAGAAAAUCAAGAUGUGGUCAGUGACGCUGUGAACUCCUACAGUAACAUCGUGCCCGUGGACCUUAGGGGAAUCGCAAAGCAUUGCUCCCAAGACUUCACGUUUGCUCCCACUGGCCAAGACUAUGGGCUCUUGGUGAUUCCAGAAAAGGGCAAAGCCUGGGGCCCAAUGUACGUAGCUAAGCUGAAAAAAUUACAGAGCAUUGGAAGAUGGUGACAUGAAGUUUGUAAACCAUGUUGAUAUAUUACUGUAUUUAUUUUUCUGAGUUCUCUGCCGAUUAAUGUUUGAAUAAUUAUGCGAUCAUUUUCCCUGGAUCUAUUUGAAUCCUAUUAAAUUAAUACUUUAGCAUCUCAGAAGUUAGGCUUAAGAAUUUUUCAGGUGUAUAUUUUCCGAGAAUACAUCUGUAGCAAUGAUUUAAAGUGGUACAGAUGGUAUUUGUUCUGUGUAAUAAAUCUGGUGUCUCUUACUUAAUAUUUUAUAGUUAAAUUAAUCAGAAUACAUGGCUUUGUGCAUAAAAUGUUUAGAACUACACUCUAUCCAUGAUUCUUUCCUUGGUGCUUUUAACCCUUUAAAGGUGCACUUUGCCAGCACUCUUCCUGUUUUCCUCCUAAUUAGAUGUGCAGAUUUUUUUGUAAGACCUGAUUGUUACUCUGACGCUAACUUCUUAAGCAGCAUAGUUUCUAGUUCUAGCAAAAUAGGUUUCUUAUUUGCAAAGUUGUUUUCUGUUAAGAACUAUCUUCUGUUUAUUGCAAAGGUCAGUGACUCUAUUGACACCAGUUUUAUUCCCCCCCUUUUUCUGGUAUUCACAAAUGCUAAUUGAAAGGGUAAAUUAUGUUGAAAGGCCUUUGGAACAGCAGGUUCACAUACACAUAUUUGGCUUUCGACAUUCAGCUUGUAGAGUAACGGCAUCUAUCCAGCAGGCUGUAAAGGAGGUACUUGAAAUAAAACCAGAAUGAUUAAUACCUGCCAUAAGAUUAAUACCUGAGCUGUGUUUGGAGAGUUUUGUUACAUAACUGUGGCCAUAAUGAGUGCUGCAGAAUCUGAUGAUCUUACCGUUGCAGUCUGGAGAGGCUUUUCAUCUCCCUCUGUGAUAACAUGUUACAGGAGAGUGUGAUGUCACACGUCAAUGCACAAGAGGAGGGCCUGAUGAGAGUGGGUGGUGCUGCUACCAAAACCCAGUACUAGAGUCUAACUGGCUCUCUCUGUCUACACGUCCAGGGAACAUUGUAGGUGUGCUUUACAUGUGUUUACAAUUUUAACCUCGGUUUCGGAGCAUGUUUUCUCCAACUGCCUCACCAUAUUUUUCCAACAAAUAAGAAGAGUCAUGCAGCAUACUUCAGUGUAAAUUUGGAAAUUAGUCUUUAAAAGUACUUUGUGAUUAUAGAAAUAAAAGCUUUUGCUGAAGCUGAA